CAUACUGUGACAUUGCACCUAGAAACAUUUUUUCUUUUGAACUUUCCUGGAUAGUCAUUUUGCCUCUUCUUAGGGGUCACCUGCUCAGCCUUGAUGGCCUUUCAGGACCUUCUGGACCAAGUUGGAGGCCUGGGGAGAUUCCAGAUCCUUCAGAUGGUUUUCCUUUGUGUCUCCAGCCUCAUAGUCAGCCCUCACAUCCUACUGGAGAACUUCACUGCAGCCAUCCCUGGUCAUCGCUGCUGGGUCCACAUCUUGGACAAAGACACUGACUCUGCUAAUGACAGUGGGACCCUCAGUCAAGAUGCCCUCCUGAGAAUCUCCAUCCCACUGGACUCAAACCUGAGGCCAGAGAAGUGUCAUCGCUUCAGUCACCCCCAGCGGCAGUUCCUUCACCUGAAUGGGACCUUCACCAACAUGAGAGAGCUGGACAUGGAACCCUGUGUGGACGGCUGGGUGUAUGACCAAAGUACCUUCUCCUCCACCAUCGUGACUGAGCGGGACCUGAUGUAUGAUUAUCAGUCACUGAACUCAGUGGCUAAAUUCCUACUCGUGGCUGGAAUGCUUGUUGGAAGCAUCAUGUAUAAUUAUUUAUCAGACAAGUGGCUGGCAGAGUCUGCUCGGUGGCUGAUUAUCACCAACAGACCCGAGGAGGGCUUGAAGGAACUAAAAAGUGCACACAGGAAUGGAAGGAAGAAUGUUGGAGACACCCUAACCAUGGAGGUCCUGAGAUCCGCCAUGCAUGAGGAGCUGGAGGCAGCACAGACCAAACCGUCUGUGUUUGACUUGUUCCGCACACCCAACCUGAGUAAAAGGAUCUGUCUCCUGUCCUUUGUGAGACUUCUAACCACCAUACCAGUUUUUGGCCUAUUCCUCCACCUCCAGUUUGUGGGGGAAGACAUUUUCCUACUCCAAAUUCUCUUUGACAUAGUCCAACUUAGAGGCAAUUAUGCUGCAGUUUUAGCACUGAUUCACCUGGAUCGCAGAGUAAGCCAGAUGGUUUUCAUAUUCCUGCUGACUGUCUCCAUUCUUCUCCUGAUCUUCAUACCCCAAGACAUGCAGACCCUGCGUGUGGUCACAGCAACUUUGGCAGUAGGAGUUUCUGGUGCUGCAUUCUCCAGCUGUCUUUCUCAUGCAUUUGAACUGACUCCUACUGUACUCAGGGUAACAGCUCUGGGAAUCAUAGGAUUUGCUUCUGCUACUGGGACAGCCCUGGCUCCUCUCGUGAUGAUCCUAAGUGUGUAUUCCCCACACCUGCCCUGGAUCAUCUAUGGAGUCUGCUCCAUCCUUGGUGGCCUUGUCAUCCUACUCCUUCCCGAAACCAGGAAUAAACCUCUGCCCGACUCCAUCCAGGAUGUGGAAAAUGAGGGAAAAUGUUCAAGGAGAGCAAAGCAGGAAGAAGCCUUCAUGCAAGUGACACAGUUUUAAGGAAUUCCAUUAAGUAACUGCUGAUUCUAGAGCAUAAAAAAAGAGGGAAAAUGAGGUGAUGUUAAGAUGCUGGAAACCUUUGUAAAGUAAAUAAAUAUAUAAUAGAAAAAAUUGAUUUUUUACAAUUGUGGUACUAAAUUAUGAACUAUAAAAUACCUCUG